ACCACGUGCUGGUGGGAGGCUGGCCGCCGCUCUUCAGGUCCUCGACGUGGCCUGGGAGCCUGAGACAGCGCGUAGGGGUGUGGGGCAGCCCGGAGGGGAGCACACCGCUUACCCAGCCCCUCUGCCCUGUGUGUCCUUCCUGCAGAGCGCUGGCCCACUGGCAGGUUACCUCCCAGGCCUCGCUAGCCCCCAUCGGUGAGCUGAUUGGGAUGGUACCCCGGGAAGGCCUGGAGUCUGCCCAGCACCCGUGCCCUUCCCUGGCCGGCCUGAAUGCCAAGGAUGUGCUUCGGAGAAAGCACAAGAGGAAGAGCCGACAGCACCAGCGAUUCCUGGCCCGCAAGGCUUUGCUGCAGGGACAGGGGCUGGUGAGCUCGCCCCCGGAGCCGGGACCCUCCCCAGUGCCCACAAGGCCGGAGGCACUGCCGGCCACCGGAACCACCGGUGGCAGGAUGCCGCGUCCAAGGAGUGAAGCUGGAGGCGCCUCAUGCAGAGGAAAGCCCGCCCCCAGGAAAUCCGCAGUGCCCUGGCCCAGCAAGUGCGUGGCUAUUGACUGCGAGAUGGUGGGCACGGGACCCCGAGGGCGGGUGAGCGAGCUGGCCCGCUGCUCUGUGGUGAGUUACCACGGCGACGUUCUCUAUGAUAAGUACAUCCGGCCCGAGAUGCCCAUCGUGGACUACCGUACCCGCUGGAGCGGCAUCACUCGGCAGCACAUGCGCACGGCCAUCCCCUUCCAGGUGGCCCAGAAAGAGAUCCUCAAGCUCCUGAAGGGCAAGGUGGUGGUGGGGCACGCACUACACAACGACUUCCAGGCCCUCAAGUACGUCCACCCUCGGAGCCAGACCCGGGACACCACCUACGUGCCGAACCUGCUCCAGCGGCCGGGCCUCCACACCCGCACCCGCGUCUCUCUCAAGGACUUGGCCCUGCAGCUGCUACACAAGAAGAUCCAGGCUGGCCAGCACGGCCACUCGUCGGUGGAAGACGCCGUGACGGCCAUGGAGCUCUACAGGCUGGUGGAGGUGCAGUGGGAGCAGCAGGAGGCCAGCAGCCUCCCAGCCUGCCCGGAGGACCGAGAGCCUGACAGCAGCACAGACAUGGAGCAGUACAUGGAGGACCGGUACUGGCCGGAGGACCUGGCCCAGGGCGCUAGCAGAGGGACAGGAGACACGCCGGACGGAAGGGAAUGAGGCGAGGAGGCUCCCAGGCGGCCUCUGAGCACGGCGAGCAGGGUGUGGAGGCCAGGAGAGCCCCGGGCACCGCAUCCUGGGCGAGGCAGGAUCCGCCAGCCCACCAAGGGCAUCCCGAGGUGGGACCAGCAGUCCUCCUGGCUUCCUCUGGCCCCAGCACUGCCCCCCCCCGCCCCGCCCCAGGGCACUUAUUCCCCCACUCCUGUGGUUGCUAACGGUGCUUCCUGGAUAUGUCUGGGGGCGCGCUAGGAGGACCCAGCCCGAGGAGGGAGUGUGCCGGAGACGGUCUCACUGUCACUGGCCUCCCCCAUCCCCAUGCCGCGCUGGCUAGGGGGAUGAUGUCUCCUCCUUGGGGUGUUAGCUUAGCGACCUGGUGAAGCCCUCUUCUCUUGUCCUCUGCCCUUCCUCCACCGGCAUUGUCAGGUUCAGAAUGACUAUGCUCUGAAUCUGCAGAGCUAAGGCCACUCUGCGGGACCCUCCUUCGGUUUCUCUCUGAACUGGCACUCUGCCUGUAGCCGUGGUGGGGACCCUUGGAGGCUCUGAGCGCGAGGCCAGGCCCUCAGGCUCAGGGAGCACUGGUGAGAGGGGGGGAAAGCCGAUCAGCUUUGGGUGGAGAGUGUGGCAUAUUAAUUUUGACCCCAAUCAGGCACUUCUCCUGCCCCCACCCCCCUGCCCCCCAGCACUAGGCUCCCUUAAGCACAGACCUGAGGAACAAGACAGCAGCUUGAGUUCCGCGGCCCCCAUGGGGAAUCGCACCCAAGGGACCUUGAGUUAUUGAGGGCAAGGCCAGCAGUGUGCAGGGAGCAGGGUGGGCAGAACCGGGAGGCAGGGCUGGGCAGUGCUUCCCCACCCGGGCACUUCAAUCCACGGUCCUUGUGGUCAUUGGGUUUUCUCCAAAUUUCUAGAAAUGCUCUGCCAGGAUUUCAUGUCCCACCCUUCUUUCCUUCUUUCCUAAGGGGCAAUUUGGGGGUAUCGAGGUGAACCAAGAGCUCAGGUCCACACAGACCUUUGCGCACCAUCUUGGCUUGCCACUUAAAGCUUUGAGACCUUAAGUCUGUGACUUCACUCUUGAGUUUGUUUGCUUGUCUGUAAAGUGGGGACAAUGAUCUAACCUACCUCACGGGGUUGUCACGGGGGGACGUUAGGUGCUUAGCGCCGUGCCUUCGCAAGCUGCGGUCCGUGGGAGCUGCUCUUGUUUCUUCAAGGGUCACCAUCAGCCUCUUCUGGGUCACGCCUGAACACGCCCCUUGUCUUGAGCGGCUUUGGCCCCGACAGGGGCUGUCCUUGCUUAGCUGUUCCAGCAGGUGGGGCACCAGGCCAGCUGAGGACACAACAUGGCGGUGCGGGGAUCCUCCCUGCGGCCACUGUGUGACCCAAGGAUACUCAGUGAUGAUGGCGUUGAGGUCACCCGCCCAAGCAGCCGGGACGCUGCUGAAACCACACUACUUGGAACUUGUCUGUCCCCAGCUCCCUCCCGCCUGCAGAGUGGGGGCUGGCCGAGCACUCCCCUCUGUGGGCCUGGUGCCAGGGCUCUGUCCAGGGUCCUUAAAGUCUGCAGCUGGCGCCGCACUCCCAGCUGGGGCCGUGGCUUCGAGUCUCUGGGCUGCGGCCGGAAGGGAGAUGGUGCUGUUACCAGUAUGGAAAGGUACUGGUUUUAAGAUCAGCUUUGUUGUGAAACCGUUUGUUCUGGAAUAAAACUCAAUUAGAAACUGGA